AUGCCUACAACGCGGUCUCAAGCCAACGCGUCGGAAAAUAUUGUUCCAGUCAGUGAGAAUCAUCCCGGCGGUGUGAGAAGUACCACUUCAAGACCUACUGCCACCAGCGGUGUGAGGGACUCCGUCUCAAGACCUACUGCUGCAUCAAGCCGCGACACGUCAGCGGCCACAUCGGAGAGUGCAGAACGCACCACAACCUCCGAGGGUACAGAUCGUACCACCACAAGUGGAUCAACCACGUCCACGGAAAAUUCCACGGAAAACACGACAUCUUCUAACGUCACGGCAAAACCAACGAGAGACUCCGGGCGCGCCAAGCCGACGAAGUCACAUCGCUCCGGGUCAAGAAAGCUGAAAGAAGCUGAAUUGAAGGAAAAACUGGCCGCCCUGAAGUUAGAAGAGAUCCGAGCAUCUAUCGCUCUCGCUCAAGCACAAUUGGAAAAGCAUCACGCUGCCGCUACGGACGAAGAGGACCUGGCGUCAGCAUCGGAAAAUGAAGAUGAAGGAAAAGAGGAACGUUCUAGCCACGUUCAAGAAUGGCUGGAGGGAAAACCAGAAAAGGUGAACAAUGAAGGACGAGGACAGGGCGCUCGCAGUCGACACGACGACGGGAAAUGCGAACACCGGGAAGAAGAAAACCGGCCUGCGCGUCAGCCACUCAACGUGGAUGUUACCUCACUGGCAACAGCUCUCAGUCAAGCAGUACGGACGACGAGAGACGCACCGAAGUACCUCCAGGAGCUGCCGGUGUUCAAUGGGCAAUCCGGUUGUUGGCUAACGUUUCGCGCUGCUUAUGAAGAAACCAAGGGGUUAUUUUCAAAAACGGAAAAUGUAUCAAGACUGCGCCGCAGCGUCAAGGGGGCGGCGCAUGAAGCUAUCAGCAGUCUACUCAUCAGCUCACCAGAUCCCAAGAAUAUCAUGGAAGCUCUGGAAAGAAGAUUUGGGAGACCUGAUGCAUUGGCAAUAAGCGAAAUACAGAAAAUAAAAUCGCUUGGAAAAUUAAGUGAUAGCCCACGUGACCUAUGUAUAUUUGCAAACAAAGUAUCGAAUAUAAUAGCUACAUUGGAAGCCUUGAAGAAAAUUCAAUAUAUGUACAAUCCAGAGUUGGUGAAGGCCACGAUAGAAAAAUUAACGCCGAUUUUACGAAAAGCGUGGUAUGACUAUGCUGCGAAGGAAAAGGAGGACAUUCCUGAUUUGAAAAAACUCGCAACAUUCUUAAAUGAAGAGGCGGACAAGUGCGGAGCGUACGCGCAACCUGAAGACAUCUCAGGGUAUAAUGAGAGGUAUACGAAGAAGAGGAUCGAGCAUACCUACUCCACGAAAGAGCAGAAUACCAAGAAGGAACAAUGUCCUGUUUGCAAAUUAGACCACCAGUUACCCGAGUGCAAAUGCUUCCGUGACGUCAACACGAACGAACGCUGGGAAAUUGUAAAGAAGCAUCGUAUCUGUUUCCUAUGUCUAAGAAGCCCGCAUCGUCGGUCUACGUGCAGGGCCAAGAAGUGUGGUCACGACGGCUGCAGUAUGUCGCAUCAUCGACUUCUCCAUCACAAGAAAAGAGAGGCUUCACCGUCGCCGUCAUCGCCGGUCGUCGCUGAAGUCACGUCUACGGUGGAAAUCGUGAAAAACGCCAGCAAUAGAAGCCGACAAGCAUACUUGAAGAUUGCACCGGUCACGCUGACGGGACCUACCGGUGCCCGCGUCGAUACCUACGCCCUUAUGGACGACGGCAGCACUAUCACGUUGAUCGACGAAAACCUGGCGGAAAUAUUGGAGCUCGACGGGCCGCGGGAUCCUAUGUGGGUGCAAGGCCUUAAUGAAACAGUGAGGCACGAAAACAGCCGACGCGUCGACGUCAAGAUACGAGGACGGUUCAAUGAAGAAGAGUUUACGUUACGAAACGCCCGCACAGUACAACGCCUUAUGUUUACGAAACAGAAUAUCGAACAAAGAGAACUAAGGGACUGCGUCCACCUACAGGAAAUUGAAGAUAAAUUGAUAUACAAGAACGCGAGCCCGAAGAUACUUAUCGGUCAAGAUAACUGGGAGUUAUUGUCGGCAUUGGAGAUCCGUACCGGUCGUCGAGAUCAACCGGUGGCUUCAAAUACACGCCUAGGAUGGGUUCUACACGGAUGUCGCACGUCAUAUCACGAGAAUGUCGCCUUCUGUGGUCACAUUAUACUCAAGGAACAAGAUAACAAAAUGGAAAAUAUGAGGAAGGAGUUCUUCGACAUGGAAGCUCUCGGUAUCAGUCCCAGAAGACAGAAGAGUGAUCCAGAAGAACGCGCGAUGAAAAUUCAAAAGGAAAAUAGUCGAAGAUUGCCCGAUGGCCGCUUCGAAACUUCGUUGCUAUGGAAACAAGAUGACUUCGUUGUACCUAACAACUACGAUGACGCCUUCAAGCGAUUGAAGACUUUGGAGAAAAAGUUAAACCGCGAUCCGGUUCUCAAGGAAAAAUACGAAGAACGAAUAGAAAAUCUACUUACGUCGGGAUACGCCGUCAAGGCACAAGCGCCGGGGAAAUCGGGGAAAACGUGGUACCUACCUCAUUUCGCCGUGUGUAACCCAUCGAAGCCGAAGAUACGACUAGUGCACGACGCGGCUGCAAGGUCUCAUGGCUGGAGUCUGAACGACAUGCUGCUCUCCGGACCCGACUUACUGCAAUCGCUGCCGGGAGUCGUCAUGCGGUUCCGACAGCACGCCUACGCGAUCUCAGCGGACAUAAAGGAAAUGUUUAUGCAAAUUAAAAUACGAGAAGAAGACAGAGACGCGCUGAGAUUUUUAUGGCGGGAGGAUAGCAGAGGCGACAAGCAACCUGAGGAGUACCAGAUGACGUCGGUGAUCUUCGGGGCUACGUCAUCACCAUGUACGGCGUUGUACAUAAAGAAUAGAAAUGCCGAAGACUUCGAAGCAACCUAUCCCAAGGCCGUGAAAGAAAUAAAGAAGAAUCAUUAUAUGGAUGACUUCAUAUCAAGCUUCCCGACAAAAGAAGAAGCAAUGCAAGUGUCAAGAGACGUCGACUACGUACAUCGACAAGCUGGAUUCGUGCUACGAGGAUGGGUGUCGAACGACUCGUCUGUAUUACGUCACUUUAAUACAGACACCGGGACCGAAACCGUACCUAUAGGAGGCGCCAACACGGAGAAGACCCUCGGCCUGCUAUGGGAAGUGGAAAAAGACUGCAUCGGUUUUCGGCUGAACAUAGAGAAGACACCACCCGAAAUUCUCGACCACACGCGGCCACCAACGAAAAGAGAAGCUUUAAGUGUCAUCAUGUCUCUCUUCGAUCCAUUAGGCCUAGUUUCGCCACUCACCACGCCAGCGAAAAGGCUUAUGCAAGAAACAUGGAGAUAUGGGACAGGGUGGGAUGAACAGAUCCCGGAAAAACUACAACCACGAUGGUCAUCAUGGCUAGACAACCUACGAGCAAUAGAGAGUCUACACAUCCCACGGAGCUACAAUGUUGGAUCAGCGGUCGUAGACAGGCAGCUACACGUAUUCGUAGAUGCAAGUCAGGAAGCCUACGCAGCCGCAAUAUUCAUAAGGAUGGAACGAGCCGACGGAUCGAUACACGUCGCCCUGGCCGCCGCGAAAAGUCGCGUGGCGCCACUGAAACCCACUUCUAUACCCCGACUCGAGCUACAAGCUGCUUUACUGGGAGCGCGCCUAGCCGAGCGAACUGAAGAGGAACACGAUUUCAAGUUCUCAAGGAAAAUCUACUGGACGGAUUCACGCACAGUACUCGCGUGGAUAAGAUCGGAGCCGCGCACUUUCAAGACUUUCGUAGCACACCGUCUAGCGGAAAUUGAAGAAUUAACUAAAGUCAAUCAGUGGCGGUGGGUGCCUACCAAGGAAAAUGUAGCCGACGACGCGACGAGAGAAACGCCGAGCGACUUCAACGCAAACCACAGAUGGUUUCACGGGCCACCGUUCCUAAAAAAGGCGGAAGAAGAAUGGCCACCUGAAGAGAAAAUUGUCCCUGAAAAAACGGACGAAGAACGAUGCUGUAUCGCGCAUGAACCUACGCUUGCGGCACACUUACCGAAAAUCGAAAACAUCUCAAAAUGGCAAACAUUAGUAAGGGCGACCGCACGCGUGCUACAGUUCGUCGACCUGUGUAGACCCGGAAAACACGCAACGGCCGCAACGAAAAGAAAACGUACGAAACCGAAUCCCAUAGAAGAUCCUAGCUGGACAAGGGGCCGAAAAAUCGUAAAGGACUCAAAUACAAGUGUGAAAAGAAGAGAAAAAAGAAAAUUCGUGCAUUUGGAAUCAGAUUACAUUCUAAAAGCGGAAAAACUAUGGGUGCGAGAAGUGCAAGCACAAUCAUACGCGAGUGAAAGAGAACGCAUCAUACGGGGAAACGCCCCCGGCCCACGUGACAAGCUCGCAAGUCUGAGUGUUUACCUGGAAAAUGAUGGGCUAAUUCGUCUACGGGGAAGAAUCAAAGCGACUACAGAAAUCACCAUGGAAACGGUCAACCCUGCUCUGCUAGAUGGAAAACAUAAAUAUACAAAAAUGUAUAUACAAUAUGUACACGAAAAAAUGCAUCACGGCGGCGUUGAGUUGACUGUGAACGAGUUACGACAACGAUACUGGAUCACGCGAAUACGACCUACGGUGAAAAGUGUUAUAAGGAGCUGUCCGAUAUGCAAAUUAAGAAAAGCGAAGCCGAUGACACCGUCGAUGGGGGACCUACCACCGGCGCGACUCACAGCAUCUGGUGGACGAGUUUUGGAGACGUUGGGUGAAGGAGUACCUUCCCCAGCUACAACAGCGGCGGGAGCCCUACCAUACCGGCUCUCACCCCAAAGUCGGCGAUCUAGUCAUCAUCUGCGAUCCAAACCUACCCAGGAACGUAUGGCCACGAGGACGAGUAUCUCGAGUAUAUCCAGGGCCGGACGACGAAGUACGCGUCGUGGACGUGACGACGAGCAACGGGCACGUGCUGAAAAGACCAAGCAAGAGGAUCGUCGUGCUACCAGUAUUAGAGCCGCAUGCUGCGACCGGCGGGAGAAAUGUGCACGACGAACCGCGCUCCGAUGCAAGACCGGUGAAAUAGCUACAGGAGCGAGCAGAAAGGCGCUCUCGACCAAUCAGGAGCGAGCAUUCUAA